UUUUGGACAUAGAAGCGAAGAGAUACAAAUUAGGUACGCACUUCUCUAUUAAGUGCGAAAUGUCGAUCUUGCGCAGCCUUCUCGUUGCCCGGUGGGAGGGAUGUGCGCCGCAGGUCGACGACGUCUGCAAAGCCGAUCGAUGGAGGACCCAACAAACAGCACAACGCCAUCUUCUGGAUGCUAGUGGACAGCGCAAGAGAGAAACUGUGGGUAGAGUCACUGACCCGUUGACAUCGCCGGAUGUUGAAACUGCACGAAACGUCCCCCGCGUCUCCAUUUGGUGGAUGGCUUGGUCAGAACGAUGGAGCGGUACGCCGUGGAGAAGGUGAUUGGGGAAGGCACGUAUGGCAUCGUGUACAAAGCGAUUGAAAAGUCCACCAAAGACGCCGUCGCAAUCAAAAAGUUCAAGUUCCUCACAGACGACCUUCUCUCGAAGCGGGAAUUGCAAGCGUGCUCGAUGUUGAACCAUCCCAACAUCGUAGCGUUUCGAUAUAGCUUUCGUGGGGAUGGGUGCCUCCAUCUCGUGUUUGACUACGCGCCAUCAACGCUGUCCAAGGUCAUCGCCAAGUCGAAAAACGGGAUGCGGCUCGCCCAUGUUCGGUCGAUUGCGUUUCAGCUGUGCAAGGCCAUCCACUGCUGCCACGAAAACAAAAUCAUCCAUCGAGGUGCAGUCUCCACACUCGCAAACGAGAUCGGGACGUUCGUUGGCGCAACUAGACAUAAAGCCCGACAAUAUCUUGCUCGACGACAUGGGCCAUGUCAAGCUGUGCGACUUUGGCGUGGCCCGGACCAUUCAAUUCGACGGCGAAGCGCUAUCCGACUACGUCGCCACGCGGUGGUACAGGCCGCCGGAACAGGAACUCCGGCUGACCAACUACUCGUACAGUGCCGACAUGUGGAGUGUCGGGUGUGUUGUGUGCGAAAUGCUCUUGGGGCGGCCGCUCUUCAACGGAGAAAACCAGCUCGAUCAAAUCAAACUCAUCCAGGACGUGCUCGGGCCGCUGCCGCCGUCGCUGUUGUCGAGGCUGCCCAAAGGCGUCGCGCUCGGCACCAAGGCAACGCUAUCCCCGACGACGUCGCUUUCCCAAGUUCUGGCCAACUCGUGUCCCCCCGAAGCGAUCGACUUCGUCAUGCGGACAGUCGCGCUGGAUGCCCGAAAGCGCAUGACCGCGGCCGAGUGCUUGGAACACUCGUUCUUUACAAAGCUCCGGGAGGCCGACGUCGUCGAGCAGCGAAGUCGACGGCGUCGAUCCACGAUGGACAAAGACGACAUCGAAGAAGACAUCGCGGACGGCGGCAGCCACAAGCACGCUGCGUCCGACGACGAUGGCGACGACCUGGACGCGUCCGGGCCGACCUUGGGCGACGUGAGGAUUGACGAGAGCAUGUCGCUCGUGGCCAUAGCAAAAGUUCCCAAGCCCGGCGCUCCUCCAGCGUGUCGAGCCAAAGGAUGCAAGGACGAUGACAUCCAGGAAAUCAUCGAAGGCGACGACAACAACGCGACCAGGAGGCGAAUGUCGACGCACGAAACCAACGCCACUGCUGACCAUAUCGCGUACGACGACGACUUUGAGGACUACGAGAGUGACUGCAAGAGAUAAGUUGACUUACUUGCAACGCUGCCAAAGUCAACGGGCUCUGCGAUGACUGGGGACGUUGUCGCUGGUGAAUCCGGCAUCGCCGAGUUGUCGACAUGGCGAUUUGCACUCGACCGCAACCGAUGCAUGUUGACGCAGCCUCUCGUGGCGGAUAGACUUGGUCUCUCGGGUGGGUCAGCAGCACACUCUCAACCUGCCGCGAUGUUUGCCCAUCGUAUCUAUGUUGCUUGUUGGUUGGGCUUCCACACUCGCUGCGAUGGUGCACUUCCCGGAGGCUGCGGCCACGUUGCUCGUUCGGAGCGUUAUUGUCGUGGAAGUCGUCAAAGCGUGCCCAAGUGUCGUCGCAACCUUUCUGCAGAGUGCCUUGGCUUGCGUCGUCGGUGGAUGCGUUGCACGAAAUUCAAAUCCGACGGUCGCUGGCUGCUUUCGUUGCGUCCCCACACCUCUCUGCCUUCUCCCCACGCCAAGAUCCUUGAACAGGAUCGAUGAUCUCCAUCCUUUGACCGUCCGCUCAUGGCAAUUUCGUCCAAGUCGCGAUCGCACACACAAUUCGCUGAUUGUCCA